CGCAUUGGUGACAGAUGACUCUAUCCUAAGAAAAAUGAACGAAAAAGAAAAAGAAAUUCAGUUAGAGGCUGCGAAACUAGCCGAAUCUUUUUGCUUGAGCUCUUCUAUAAGUUCUGACAGCUUUCUGCCGAAAUACAGCGAAAACACCUAUUCACACCUGGACGAUAUGGAGAAAGGUUGCUUAUGUUUACAUUCUGAUCCAGCUCCACCGUACCCAGAAAACAACCAUCAAGAAGCGUCCGUAGACAUGGCACGACAAAGCAGAUACUUCGAAUCAUCAAGGAAUUUCUUCAUGUCAAUAUUGUGGUUGAUUUUCUGGCCGGAAAAAAUUGCGAGAAUUCCUGAAGCACGACGCAGACAGGAGAAUGAAGCUCUCCGGCUUGGUUGGUGCUUUAUUGGUUCAAUCGUAUUGGACUUUUUCUUUUCUUACUUUUUCCUUGUCCCUUUUAUAAAGGAAUCGAUGAAAGAAUUUGUAGGGUUACGGUUUCAGAUUGCUCUAGCGAUUGUUCUUGUCAUCGCGGCUUUCUACAUGUUCUUGUUUGUUUUUUCACUGUUGCUGGAUUUUAUUGCUUUAGUGCUUUCUUGGAUUAUUGCUGCUCUUGGUUUCAGGAUGUCGUCGGAAAGAAACGACUCGACGGAUGGUAACUGGAUCCCACUAAACACUAUGCCAGCAGGGUCUGAAAAUCAAUCCAACAAUCGUAGUGAUAAUACUGCCGGACAACCAUCAUCUGAAUGUUUUGAGCAACAUUCAAGGACACGUCACAAACCGAGUCAGGCUAGGGAUGCUGAAAGCACUGGAAACGAAUCUCAUGCUUGACCAUUCUUAUGAUGAUGUCCUGUCUUUUCAUAUAUUCUCUAUGCAGGC